CCAUGCGCGCACCCAUGGGACGAGGCGGCGGCCGAGGAGGUGCGUCACUUUCACUCGCGCGUCAUCGAUCGCGCGCGCGCGCGAACGCGACGUCGCGUCGACGGGAAUUACGCGCCAAUCGACGACCGCCGCCGGGACGAUCGAUUGCGGCGGAUUCGAGAAAACGCGAGAACGCGCGCGAUGCGACGUCGCGCGUCGACGCGAGGUGGUCGCGAUCGAAGACAUAAAUAUCGACGCCAUCGUCCACGCGCGUCGGCGACGCGACGGGACGCGAACGAGGGACUGACGGGGAGAAUUCGUUUUUUGGGUGAAUUGCAGGGUUCUCGCCGGGCGGACGAGGCGGCGGACGAGGCGGACGAGGCGGACGCGACGGCGGACGCGGCGGCGGACGCGGUGGCGGACGCGGUGGUGGACGCGGUGGACGCGGUGGUGGACGCGGUGGCGGACGCGGUGGUGGACGCGGCGGUAUGAAGGGCGGGUCGAAGGUGGUCGUCGAAAAGCAUCGUCACGAGGGCGUCUUCGUCGCUCGCGGGAAGGAAGAUGCGCUCGUGACGCGGAACAUGGUCGUCGGCGAGAGCGUGUACGGUGAGAAGCGUAUUUCAGUCGACGAGGCGGACGGUACGAAGACGGAGUACCGCGUGUGGAACCCGUUUAGAUCGAAAAUUGCGGCGGGUAUUCUCGGCGGUUUGGACGCCAUUCACAUCAAGCCCGGCUCAAAGCUCUUGUAUCUCGGCGGUGCUUCGGGUACGACGGUGUCGCAUUGCUCCGACUUGGUCGGGCCCGAAGGCACGGUGUACGCCGUUGAGUUUUCUCACCGCUCUGGGCGCGACUUGGUCAACAUGGCGAAGAAGCGCACCAACGUCAUUCCGAUCAUCGAGGACGCGCGUCACCCGCAAAAGUACCGCAUGUUGAUCGGUAUGGUUGACACUAUCUUCGCCGACGUGGCGCAGCCGGAUCAAGCUCGCAUCGUUGGUUUGAACGCGCAAUACUUUUUGAAGCAAGGUGGUAACUUUAUGAUCUCCAUCAAGGCGUCGUGCAUCGACUCCACCGCCGCGCCGGAGGCGGUGUUCGCGCGAGAGGUGAAGAAGCUACAAACUGAAGGCUUCAAGCCUGCCGAGCAGCUCACUUUGGAGCCGUACGAACGCGACCAUGCCAUGGUCGUGGGUGCUUAUAGAGUGUCUAAAAAGAAGUCCUCGUGAUUCUUUUGGGUCCCAAAAGAAUUCGGCGACGGCGGCGGCUCGGGCCGCGCUUCCAUUCCAGUGUACGACUUUUUCCACAAAUUUUGUUUGGACGACCGGCGGAGAGGUUCGAAAC